CCAUAACAUUCAUACCAACGGUCCUCUCUUUCAACGGUCAAGAUUGAAACCCUCACUCUCAAAAUUCAAAAUCCAAAAAAGAGCAAACGUAACCCCCAUUCUCCAAUAACCCUCUUCUGCAAAAACCCCUUUCAAGAUCUUCACUUCACCCUUUUCAAACACCUACACACCCAAUUCAAAUGGAAAACAUAACAACAACAACAACGUUCGACACAUUACAAGAAACCCAGAUCGGUUCCAUGGAGUCCGAAGUUUCGAAUCAGGAGAACAGUACGAUGAUCCCAGAUGUUGUUACCAGUGGUGGGUUCGAUUGGAACAAACCAUUGGAGCUGUUAGAUGACUGCAAGAUGGAGGUAGAAGGUGUGACCUUAAUUGGUGGUGAAAUGUUUUGUCCGGAUGGUGUUCUUGAUUCGGGUAGGGUUUCGAUGGUUGAGGAAGAUUUCGAUUCCAUGGUCUGCGAUUCGGGUGCCCGGCUUAUCCCAAAGGGGUUUGUGAAAUCUGACUGUGCAGCAUCGGAUGAAAUCGUACUGUUUGUGAAUGCUGGAGCUCAAAGCAUAGUGGAGCCAGAUUCAGCUAUAAAUUUGGUGGCGGAUAAGUCUUUCGAAGGGGGCGACGUAUUUCAAACGAACGAAAGUAUAACCGAGGGUGGCGAUGUUCCCUUCGUUUACCACACAGCAAGGCUAGGAAACUUUCAGUAUCGGUUUGACAAUUUUCCCGAGGGAGAUUACUAUGUUGACCUUCAUUUUGUUGAGAUGAUCAACACAUUUGGUCCUAAAGGAAUGCGAGUGUUUAAUGUAUACCUGCAGGAAGAAAAGAUUCUUGCGGAUUUUGACAUCUUCUCUGUCGUCGGAGCGAAUAAACCGCUGCAGUUAGUUGACUCGAGAGUCAAAGUCAAGACGGGAGAUGCGAUUGUAAUUAGGUUCGAAGGGAUAACCGGUAGCCCUUUGGUCAGCGGAAUCUGUAUAAGAAAGGCGCCUCAUCUUCUUGAUGAUGAUGUAAAACACGAUCUCGUAAAAUGUCAAAACUGUGCUGCUGAUAUUGAAGUCCCUUCCGCUCAGAAGAAAAUAAUGCGAAAGAAAUCAGUAGAGAAGUAUGAGAAAAGGAUACAAGAGUUGACCAGUCAAUGUCAACGUAAGACCGAUGAAUGUUAUCAAGCUUGGAUGUCGUUGACUGCAGCAAACGAGCAGCUGGAGAAGGUCCGUAUGGAACUCGAUAAUAAGUUUUUCCAGACAACAACUCUUGAUCAAACAAUGGAGAAACAAUCGGAAAUGCUGAGGGAAAUAUCGAGUAGAUAUGAACAUGACAAGAAGGUGUGGGUUGCUGCGGUUAACGAGUUAUCACACAAAAUAACGGUUCUAAAACGAGACCACACCCAACUUUCUCUUCAAGCGCACCAAUGUGUCGACUCAAUUCCCGAUCUAAAUAAUAUGACUUCCGCAGUUCAAGCAUUGGUUGCUCAGUGUGAGGAUCUUAAAGUGAAGUACAAUGAAGAACAAGCGAAGAGAAGAAAGCUUCAUAAUCAAGUUGAGGAUGCAAAGGGAAAUAUAAGGGUAUUUUGCCGAUGUCGCCCACUAAGCAAGUCGGAAUCAUCAACCGGGUGCUCGACAGUUGUUGACUUCGAUACCGCAUCAAAUGGUGAACUCGGGAUUUUAAAUAGCGGUUCCACUAAAAAGACGUUUAAAUUCGAUAGAGUCUUCACACCAAAUGAUAAUCAAGUUGACGUUUUCUCUCAAGCUUCACCAUUGGUAACCUCGGUUUUGGACGGAUACAAUGUAUGCAUAUUUGCGUAUGGGCAAACGGGGACGGGAAAGACAUUUACCAUGGAGGGUACUGAGGGAAACCGAGGGGUUAAUUACCGAACACUCGAAGAAUUGUUUAAAAUUGCAAAAGAAAGAAUCGACACUUUUACGUAUGAUAUAUCAGUUAGUGUGCUUGAAGUCUAUAAUGAACAAAUAAGGGAUCUACUGACAACAUCAUCAUCAUCCUCAAAGAAGUUGGAAAUAAAACAAGCUUCUGAAGGGCAUCACAACAUUCCUGGACUAGUUGAAGCAAAAGUUGAAAACAUACAACAAGUGUGGAACGUUUUGCGAGCCGGAAGUAGUGCUCGAGCUGUGGGGUCUAAUAAUGUGAAUGAACAUAGCAGUCGCUCUCAUUGCAUGCUUAGUAUUAUGGUAAGAGCAAAAAACUUAAUAAACGGGGAGUGCACAAGAAGCAAGCUAUGGCUUGUGGAUUUAGCCGGUAGUGAGCGGCUCGGAAAGACAGAAGCUCAAGGUGAACGGCUCAAGGAAGCUCAAAACAUUAACCGAUCUCUUUCUGCUCUCGGUGACGUAAUAUCCGCUUUAGCAAAUAAAAGCAGUCACAUUCCGUACCGAAACUCGAAACUCACUCAUUUACUUCAAGAUUCAUUAGGGGGUGACUCGAAGACGUUAAUGUUUGUGCAAAUUAGUCCUUCGGAACAUGAUCUAAGCGAGACUUUGAGCUCACUAAACUUUGCAACGAGGGUCAGAGGGGUUGAGUUGGGUCCUGCUAGAAAGCAAAUCGAUACGAGUGAGCUUCAGAAAAUGAAAUUGAUGCUUGAAAAAGCAAAGCAAGAAUCACGUUUGAAAGACGAAUCUUUACGGAAGUUAGAAGAGAGUUUACAGAACGUAGAAGGAAAGAUGAAAGGUAAAGAUCAGGUGCAUAAAAACCAUAUGGAAAAGAUUAAGGAGCUCGAGAACCAAAUCGAGUCCAAAAAAGGACUACACUCACAGUUAGAAAAACAAGUUUCGAAUCUUUCUGAUAAGUUGAAGGCAAAAGAGGAACUCAACAGUGGCCUCCAACAAAAGGUCAAGGAACUCGAGAACAAGCUUACAGAGCGAGAACAGUUGGGCGUUAUAACAAAUCAACAGAAGGUAAGGGACCUUGAAGAAAAACUGAGAGACCAAGUCAAAGAGUCAAAGUCUUACACCAUGACCCUUCAAGAAAAGAUCGAAGAACUUGAAAAGAAACUGAAAGAGCAAGAACAAUAUUCUGAUUCUACUUCACUUCAUCUAAAGAUUAGGGAGCUUGAGGAGAAGCUUAAAGAGAAAGAAAGGCGAACGUCUAUUGCUACUAUUGCAGAUUCCUCCAGUUCCAUGAAAUCAACACCCAAAUACGUGGCUGGCGGUUCAAGAGACAACAAAUAUGUAAACGAGGCCGAACCACAUAUUUUAAGGGGUUCGAAUAUAAUGAACCGGGGGCCGAUGGCUGCUGGCUAUAGUCGGGCAAAGAGAAAUGACUCGCUUGGUAGUACUGGAGUUGAAGUAACAAGAAAGAGGUUGUCGAGAAAUAGUGAAGUAGAGAAUGUUGAUAACAAUCACCCGAACAAGUCAAGGAAGUCGGACCCACCUAGACCCAAUAGGGCUCCAACGAGAAUGGUUAAACCGGCUGCAGCAGCAGCAGCAGCAACCCAGAGACUGCAUCAAGGUAGACCAAGUAAUGGAACCCAAGGGCUCAAAGAUCGAGAGAACAAGAAACGGAUGUGGUCUUGAUUGUCGGCUGAAUGCGUAUAAAGGUCAUUUGGUACUACGCUUUUAGUCGUCUUGGAUAUUAUGCAAGCCAAUUUGCAUGAAUUCUUAUUUACAGUAGUUGAGAAUAUCAUUUGAUAACUUUGUCUGAAAUGGCAUUUCCUUUUUUAAUGUUAAUCAUGCGGUUUUUUUUAACGACUGCUUUAA